AUGGCCGAAGACACAGUCGCAGAUGCCGUACCUCAGGUUGCUUUCAAAAAGCGCUCCAAGGGCAAGGCCAACUUCCGCAAGAAGCCCGCAACGCCACCUCCAGCUUCUGACUCCGAUUUCACCUCGUCCGAUGAUGAUGAGGGCAAGCGAAUCAAGAGACGGCGUAAGAACGCAGCUGUGACAGCGUCAUCUACGGUGAAUGUGACGAGAAAACCCGACGACGAACCUACAACCGCCGUUCCUCUCCCAUUGACCUCGAGCAAUGACGCAACCAAAUCUUCCAACUGGUACGACGAAGACCUUGAUGCGAAGAAUCUCCUCGGCACAACAAGAGUGCGACCUGGGCAAGCUCUAGCAACUGCCUCUACCUCAGAUCCUGACGGCACCUACAAAGGCGCAGCCAACUACCAAAACUUCAUCCAGAAAAAUCCAGAUGCACCGGCGAAGUUUGGUCCUGUUAAAGCGCCAACCAACGUCCGAACAAUUACGGUCACCGAUUUUGCCCCGGAUGUGUGUAAAGAUUGGAAACAAACUGGAUUCUGUGGCUACGGAGACUCUUGCAAGUACCUCCACAUGCGUGAGGAUUACAAGGCAGGCUGGGAACUGGAUCGCGACUGGGAGGUCAACACCAAGGGCAAGAAGCUAGAUGGGAAAGUGGUCUCGCAACGCAAGGGCGCAGGGAAAGCAGCCGAGGAGGACGAAGACGACGAGGACGACAUGCUGGAGAAUAUUCCCUUCGCAUGCAUCAUUUGCCGCAAGCCCUACAAGGACCCUAUCAUCACCAAGUGCGGCCACUAUUUCUGUGAGUCCUGUGCUUUGCAGCGAUACCGGAAGAACCCGACCUGUGCAGCCUGCGGUGCAGGGACUGGUGGCGUGUUCAAUGUUGCAAAGAAGCUUAGCACCUUGCUGGACAAGAAGCGAGAGCGUGCACGCAAGUUGCGCGAAGAGGCGCUUGCCAAUGGAGAGGAAGUUAGCGAUGACGAAGAAGAAGGGGAGAAGGAUAGUGAAUAG